AUGGGCGUAGAUAUUAUCUCCCUAGUGUCGCUCAUAUAUCAGGCCGGCGGUGCCGUCAUCUACCAGUGCAAGCUCGUCAAGCAGUGUCCCGGGCAGGCCGCACGCCUCGCGAUACGGACGCAGAACGUCCUGGGGUUGCUGAGUUCGGCAGCGGAACAAUUCGAGGGCAAUGUGGCUCUUGAGACGAGCCUGCUGGAGCUCCGAAACGUGCUGCUGCGGGUUAUCCAGCUGGUCGAACGGUGCAAGCAGCCUGCGCGGUUCUCGGCAAAGGUGCUUCGCGUUUUUCGCAUCAAGGCCACCAAAGAAGCCCUCGUGGGAGCUGAGGCGGACCUCGAGCGCGUCACGCGAGACCUCCGCCUACCGUUGCUGACGGACAUCAAACGCCAGCUUGGCGAGAUCAAAGAUCACGUCGUGAACGAUCCUCAGCAAGACAGGGCUGCUGCUGCCGUUAUAACCGCCGCCGCCACGGCUAACGGCGACCAACAACAACAACAAGCGGCGGCGGCAGCGGCAGCCGCGACCGCGUUGAAGAGCCAGGGUCGGGACGCGGACCCGCUGGACUGCGCGGAUGAAGCGCUGAUACAGAAGGCGAGAGACGCAAUCGACCGAGGGAUGAUGGCCCGCAGCACGAACGGCUCUACCGUCGGAGAGGUCAUCCGCGGGGAAAUCGCGAAGUCGGGCGUAGUGAGCCCCCUCACAGAGACCGGCGGCGGCAACCACGGCGCCGGUGGCGGCGAUGCCGAUCGCACCGCCGGCAGUCUCAUCGUCCACGUAAAGCGCGUCCGAUUCGAGGCCCUGGAGGAAGAGGAGCAACUAGGCCUGGGAACGUUCGGUGUUGUGCUGGCGGCGAGGUACUUUGGCCGCGACGUGGCCGUCAAGAAGGCCCGGGCUGCCUGCACCAGCCGGACACUCGAGGAUUUCCGGCAAGAGGCCGAACUUCACUUCGCGAUGCGCCACGACAACAUCGUCGAAGUCAUCGCCUUCAGCGUUGGGGACGCGGUCCACCCCCCUUGCCUGGUCAUGGAGAGGAUGGACGAGUCGCUCUAUGAACUGCUGAGCCUGCAGCUCAGCAUCAACUUCCCCUGGGCCCUCGGAAUAAUACACGAUGUGUGCAAGAGCCUCAACGUCUUGCUAGACGCAGAAGGCACGGCCAAGCUUUCAGACUUUGGCCUCGCCCAAGUGAGCUCGACCGUCAACAAGGACACCGGCGGCACAUACCACAGCAAGGUUGGUUCGGACUUUUGGAUGGCGCCGGAGGUCCACGUGCAUCGGAAGGCCACCGCGCUGUCGGACAUCUUCAGCCUGCACGUCGUCAUGUGGGAGGUAAUCACGAACCAGAAGGCGGGCAUCGGUCCUCCUGUUGGAGAGCUCCUCCUCCGAGCUCCCAACGCCAGGCUUUCCCUCGAGAGCGCUUCUGGUCCGGCGCCUCUCAUUGAGCGCAUGCAAGACCUGCUCGACCGUUGCGGUUCUCUCCACGACAAGAACAGGCCGACGAUGAAGCUAGUAGCCCUGUCAGCUACAGCGAAAGCCGAAAGCUUCCACGACUGCGGGGAGCGGCAUGAGUGGGAAGACAGCAGCCUCUCCGCGGAUGAUUUGGGGAUGUUUUCACCUCCUGCUAUGUCCACCCAACAGCAGCAUCAAUCGGCAGCGAUCCCCAACUUCGCGGCGGUCGGUUACGGCAACCACCACCACAGCCAAUACCACAACCAAAUCUACAGCGAGCGGAGCGGGCGAGACCACGCAGGCGCGGGCUGUACCACCCACAACUGGGCGCCACAAAUUUCUGGUUGCGACGCUCUUGUUCAGCAACAGCAGCAGCCUUUUGUCAAACAUAUCCCUGAAGCCCACGCCAAUCGCGUCUCCGUCGAAUUGAGCGAGACAGGCACACGCCACCCGGGAGAUUUCGGCGGUUUCAACCGCACAGGUGACGGCAUCACACAAGAAGGUGGUGUGACUGCGCGGGGCACCUGGCAGACUCCGGGCUCGUUCUCGACCAGGCGGCAGCGGUCGGGAUCUUCUAGAACCCCCCCCGGCUACGGCUUCGUUCGGCCACCAGCCCACCCGGCAGCCGUCAGGCGGGGGUUCCGUGAGAAUGCCGGUGGUGCAACGCCGGAGGCCGCCACGCCCCAGCCACCCCCACCCCCGCCGCCUUCCUCGUCCAGCAGCCCGGCCACCCAAGGCGACGACAGCCACGACUGCGUCGAGCUAGGCCUGUCCACGUUCGGCUCAGGCGUGGGGUACCCGGACUUUCUGGGUCGACAGAAUCGGCCGCCGAGCAGCUCGGCGUCAACAGUCAGCAGCUCGUUUCGCGACGGGAAGGAGAGCGGCGGCAGCACCGGCGGGAGUGCCCACGGAGGAACGACGCCCGACUUGAGCAGCACCAGUCGGGAAACCGUGGUCCACGGCUACGCUCAGUCUCGUUGGAGCAAGAGGGCCGCCAUCGCCGCGGCCAGGAAGCACAAAAAUGCAAAGGCGAGGGUUGGCGCCACGAUCGGUGGCAAGACGGGUAUUCCCGGCAGGACGGUCGCCGAGGUGUCCUCCGGCACAGCGCCUGCAGUGGCGCCGGCGACGCGCAACACGCAGCAGGCGAUCCGGAGAACCCCCGACACGGGGCCCCUGACCGCCUUCAACCUCAUGGCCGCGACCCCUUCGAAGGAGGAGGCAGCGACGAUUAAAGCAACAACCCCGACUGGCAGCAGCGGUGAUAACGUCAACAGCAGUCACCCGAGAAAUCCCGUCUCUGCUAACAGCCAUGCUCAUGGCGGCGGUGUUGGCCGGACUUUUGGAAGGGACAUCCCGCACUCGGCGUCCGGGGACUCUGACGCCGGAUCGUAUAACGGUGUCGGCGAUGAAAUUAACGAACACGAAACGGAGAAGGGGAAGGCGGAAGCUGCGGGGCCAGCUCCGACAAUGCGGGGCGAAACAGCGGAGGACGACGAGGACCACACGCACCAGGCGCCCAAGGAAGACGGCCUGUGGGCGGGAGGACUGGGGCUGGGCACUGCAGAGGAAGCGGCUCGCUUGGACAGCGUCGAGUACCAGCACCAGGAGGAGGAGGCCAACGAACAGCAGAAGGCAGAACAAGGCGCGGCGGUGGAAGGGGAGGGGCAAGAGGAACAGGAACGCGUGGACGACUACCCGUUUCCGACGUCCGGCGAAGAGAAGGAGGGGCAGCGCGUCACCACCCACGACCGCGCUGUGCUCAUGAUCCUCUUCGAGGUGUGGAAGGGCCCCGCCUGGAACGGCAACGCCAACUGGGGGUCUGACGCUCCCGUCGAGUGGUGGUACAACGUUUCGGCGAAAUUCCGCCGGGACUGGGAAUGCUCUCCUUCCUUCAGGAGCUCCGUCUACACCGAAAUUCUCUCAGGGGUGGAAAGCGAUUGGACUUCGGGCCCUAUCCCCCAGGAGAUUGGGAACCUCUCGCUGCUGGAGAAGCUCUUCCUAGGCCAAAACCGCCUCGUGGGCCCUAUUCCGAAGGGUAUUGGGAGGCUCACACGCUUGCGGCUUGUCUUCCUGAACGACAACCACCUCACAGGGGAAAUUCCUCCGGUCCUGGGGAACCUCGAGGCCCUGCAAAGUCUCGACCUCAGCGGAAACAAUCUCGAAGGCCCGAUACCGUUGGAGCUCGGGCGCCUCCGGGUGCUGACGGAGCUCACGAUCGGACGGAACCGCCUCACGGGAGGCAUCCCGGAAGAACUCGGCAACCUCGACAGACUGAUUGUGCUGGAUCUCAGCAGCAACUAUCUUGAAGGAGACAUCCCUCUAACUCUUCGAAACCCAACGUCGUUAGAGUACGUCGAGUUGGACGGGAACGCCGACCUCACAGACGAGCGCAUCCUAGCGAAUGCGGUCCUACAGCUGUCGCUCGCAGACAGAGCCGUCGUGCGGACGAGUGGCACCCCAAUCGGGUGA